CAUCCUCCACGCGUCCCUGCUGCCAGGGGGUAAAAAGCAAACGUCCUGUCUGUGUGUGAACGACUGAGCAGUGCCGGAUGGAUCGUCCCCACCACAGCUGACAUUUUCACUCCCUGUAUUUGACAUCGCGGUUCGUGUCGGAGCCACGGGAAUUGAAUUGUUGACAGGAAUUGACGUCAAGCCUGAUUUUCUGCUCCUAACAGUAUCACCCGCCCACUGCACUCCUGAGGACCCUGCUGCUCUCUCCAGACUCACAUUUCUCCCUCCCCACAUCUAUCUCAGCUUCCAAGUUACCCGUGAGCAUUACUCAGCAGGCUGGGAGCCUCGGGGCAGACCGACUGAAACAGCCUCUUUACUCACCGGCUAUCAUUACGCACCUCUGUAGGAAAAGAUCGACGUCCUCCGUCCACUGAAGAAGACAUGCUCAUCUGCUCCCCUCAUGGCCGUGCCGCUACAUCCACCAGCCUCUUUCACUUUGACUUGGCGUUCCCGCUGGCUCUAGCUGUGCUGCUCUGCCAGGUGACGGGUCAGGUGGAGAGUCAGACGCAGUCACCUGCCCAGGUGCUUCAGGACUUGCUGUCCCGCUAUGGGGACAACAGCACCAUCACGGUCCCUCAGCUGCGAUCUCUGUUAGCAGCCCUCAGCCAGGGCCAGAGUGAAAGUGACAGUGACAGCAGCAGCACAGCUGAAACACCAACAACCACACCUCCCCAGUUCAACAGCUCCAAGAUUCGCUGUGAGUACCAGUGGCCAAGUAUGAACCUUUCCAAAAACAUGAUGGCCAGGACGUCACACUGCUUGCCUGCAGACACACUGGCCAUUUACAGCAUCAGCGAGGAGUCGCGGCUGGAUGGCCGGGGUUUUCAGGAGCUGUGCCCCACCAUGCUGCAGCAGCUGGAUGCUGGCAGCUGCAGGGCACAUAAAGGGGAGGAGCAAAGCAGCGACACCUCCCCCAGGCCCUCAGAUGCUGAAGUUUGGGGCUAUGGGAUCCUAAGCGUGACUCUGAUCUCUCUGUGCUCGCUGGUCGGGGCGUGCGUCGUGCCCUUCAUGAAGAAAACCUUUUACAAGCGACUGCUGCUCUACUUCAUAGCCCUGGCCAUUGGCACUCUCUACUCCAACGCCCUGUUUCAGCUCAUCCCAGAGGCCUUUGGAUUUGACCCAAUGGUUGAUUUCUACGUGUCCAAGUCUGCCGUGGUGUUCGGAGGCUUUUACCUCUUCUUCUUCACUGAAAAAGUUCUCAAAGUGCUCCUAAAGCAAAAAAACGGGAGCCACGGCCACAGCCACUACCCCGGUGCAGAUCAUUACUCAACCCCUGACAGGGAUUUGGAGGAGGGGGAGAAGGAGAAGCUGCAGCAGAACGGAGAAGCCAGCAGCCUGGCUCUGGGCAAAGUGGACGCAGGGGAGGGCGAGCUCAUGCUCAGCCCUGCACAGACACCACAGGACUCUCAGAGUCCAGACAGUGGUGGACGGUCAGGCACCAGUGGUGGUGGCUGCUAUUGGCUGAAGGGGACGACCUACUCUGAUAUCGGCACGCUGGCCUGGAUGAUCACACUGAGCGAUGGCCUGCACAACUUUAUUGACGGCUUGGCCAUCGGGGCCUCGUUCACCGCCUCUGUUUUCCAGGGCAUCAGCACCUCGGUGGCGAUCCUGUGCGAGGAGUUCCCCCAUGAGCUGGGAGACUUUGUGAUCCUGCUGAACGCCGGCAUGAGCAUACAGCAGGCUCUCUUCUUUAACUUCCUGUCGGCCUGCUGCUGCUACCUGGGCAUGGGCUUUGGCAUCCUGGCCGGUAACAGCUUCUCUCCCAACUGGAUCUUCGCCCUGGCAGGAGGAAUGUUCCUCUACAUCGCUCUGGCAGACAUGUUUCCAGAGAUGAACGAGGUGAGUCGUGAGGAAGAGGAUGCAGGCGGCAGCAGCUUCCUCCUCACCUUUGGCAUCCAGAACGCCGGCCUGCUGACGGGCUUCUCCAUCAUGCUCCUCCUGACGACGUACUCUGGACAAAUACAGCUGGGCUAGCAGCAAACUCCUCCAGGAUCACCAUCAGCUGCUGUUGGAGCCCAAACGAAGAGAGGCUGGCUGAAAGUUUCUCCUCUAUUUUUUCCUCCUCUUCUCAUUUUUUCGGGUUCUGGACUUUGGGGAUUUUGGUUGUGCGGCAGGUACGCGCAGUCGUCUUUUGAAGUUAUACGAGAAGCUGCUUUAGUGCAGUUCCUGCGUGCAGAAGGUUCAAGGUCGAGGGUUUGACGGCCCUGUCUCCUCAGCAUUUCAAUCCUUUCUGCACAGCUGCCCUGAAAAUGUCCUGAAACAUCAACUGAAGCAGUCGCAAAAGACGGCUAUACUUGAUGUGCAAUACACUCACCCAGUCUCUCAGAUGUUUCCCUUUUCUUCAGACUGCUCUCCAGGCGUCUUUCCUCAACCUUCAUCCUCAUCAUCCAUCCUGGUUGAUGCCAUUGAGCCUCCACUCAGGCCAGUUGAGAUUCCUAGCGAGUGUUUAUAUCAUGAAUCCUCUGUGAAAAGCACAAUCAGGUAACAGCAGCUGUACUCCAAACAUCUUUGAUUCCCAGGCACUACACGUCCCCCCCACUUUUUUUCUCCAUUCCAUACCAAAAAGCAAAUGUUAAAACAUUUAAACUGGAAUUAUUCCGACUUCCAGCUGGACUUUGUUGUCUGUGAGUUGAUUUUAUAUUUUUUUACACAUGAAUACUGACUUUUAAAGACCAAAUAUGGGCAGACCAUUGAGAAUGGUGAAGGGCUACGCAGUGAUGUUUGGAAGCGCACGUGUCAGUCAGCCAGCCGGUAACUCCCAAAGACUCCGGGGUCAGACACGGAAAAGGGACUAAGUGGCUUCAUCCAGAUCACGGCGGCAGCAUUUCUCUGUAGUUUACCAUCUGUGCCCUUCAUUAGAAUAGCAAGUGAAAAGUUUUAGCUUUUUUAUUCCUUCUGAUCUUGAAUUCCGAGUGCAGAUCUGCAGUUUUCACAUAUCCCAUAGACUAUUUUUCCCAGAUUAUCUAUUCUUUUACGGUGUCAUUGUAACAGAAUACUGUAAGGUGAAUCAUACUGUAUAAUCACGCACACGUCACCUCGUCUGUGACCUUAUCCGUGUUAGCUAUUCAGAAUUAAGAACCGAACUACGGCCAAAAGUAUGUGGACAGACUCGAUGCCUCUUUUUGUCACUGGGCAGUUUUUAAAGGGGCUUUUGGCCAUUUUAACCAUGGAAACAGUCUGCACUGCAUUUUUAACCCAAUCCCACUAAGGAGAAUCAAAUGACAUGAUUACGAUAUUUUUUUAAUUCAGAAACUUUCAUUUCAGCAUCUGCAUUUUCUUUCUUUCAGAUCAGCUGACAUGCUGAAACUCAAACAAGGAUAGACUUUCUUUUCUUUCUUUUUUUUACUUUGUGUGUUUCUUUUCUCAUUUUUAGGUUUUUCAUUAAGAAGGACUUGUCCUUAUUUUCUGUUUAAUGUGGCUAAAGUUGCCUAAAACCCUGUGAGCCAAAAGCUCUUAAACACUUUUUUUUUUUACUUAAAGGGAGCUAAAACAGUUUAUUUACCUUUAUCUUAAUGAAAUAUUAGUUAAUUUGAUCUGUGAACCUUGCACAGCAACUCUAGAGCUCAAGACUUAAAAUGCAUUUGGAUAUCAGCCCAACAGAUCUUCUUUAAAUGCUGAAAAUUACUCGUUUUACCAAUUUAGUGGCAUUUUGCAGACGAAUAGAAAAGCUACUGCCAGCGCUGUGCAGAGGAGCUGUGUUAGUGAUGGAUCUCGUGUGUGCAAAUAUCCAUCCAGUUUGAUGACACAACUACAAAACGAGAAGAGCAGAGGCUGUUGUUAGGGGUACUGGGUUUGGGUGUCCACAUACAUUUGGCCAUGAUGCUGUAAAAAAAAAAAAAAAAAAAGGUUUAUGAUGUAAAGGGUUGAUAGUUUAUUGGAUGGUCGGGAGGGGGUGGGACAGCUGUUGUGCUCUACAGCAGUGUAAGAUUGUCGGGUUGCUUUCUGUGUUUCUUACAGGUGGAUUAAAAAGAUUUCCCCUCAGCUGAACACUGACAUUUCAACAGAGCUGACGUGAUCCAUUAUGUAGCAUCUUUACAUACUUUUCCUAAUGUGAGUGUAGAUUAGAGCUGUAGAAUAUUAUUUAUUAGAGCUCGAAGCUGAAACCCGUGAUAGGUUUACAAUAAAGAUGAAAUUGUAGUUCCAGGAAGGAGAAGGCAAGCCAUUACAAAGAGUACCCUGAGUGGUACAGCGAGUAUUACUGCUGCUUGAUAUGUCAUGUAACAGAUUAUUUAUUGUUGCUUAAGCCAUAAAAUAUUUAUUUUAUGCUUUACAUCUAAGAUCAAGUGUUGCGCUUAGUUUCACACCAUGAAUCCAGACGGAGUUUAGUUUUUAUUUAGAAUAAACGGGUCAGAUACAAGCUAAACCCUCUCUGCUCUGCACGCUGUUAAUGCUGUGUUUAAAACUGAAGCCAGUGGAUUUACAGCACACGCAGAAUGACAACAUAUCCACUCAGUUAAUGCAGAUAAUACAUUCAGAGACCAGGAGAGGUUCUUUGGAGCAGAAACAGGAACAUUACCGACCAAAAACCAGACGCAGAACUCAGAGAAGAACACUUUAUUGGGAAGUUUAUUAAUGCAGCAGAAAGAUUAAGGUUAGGAGGUUGUAUUGGGGGUCAGAUUGCUCAUGGGAGCAGGAGGGUAGAGUGUCUUACUUGUGGGAUUUCUAAUAAAAGUAAGGAAGCCAAAAUAGGAGAGAUAAAUGAUAAGAAUUCGGCUAAUUGUGAAUGUGUGUUGGGGCUCGGUCAGGGCCUGUAGGCAGGAAAAAGCAGGGAAUUAUAGAAUUUAAUAAAAAAAAUACUGAUAUGUUCAAAUUAGAGCUGCAGCAUAGUGAUGGAGAAGACAAGAAAGCAAGAGGGAGAACUAUGAGGAGCUGACCCUAGAACCAACCAACCGACUGACAGAGGAUGGACUUUCUGGCCAUUUUAAUAUUUACAGCGCUCUCGCAGACUUGUAAAGGAUCAUUUUGAAAAGUAUUGUAUCUAAUUUCAUGUAUGAGAAUCCUCGUUAGCCUUCUGUGUGUGUCAUGGA